ACUUGUACAGGUCCCUGCAGAACUUUCUGGAAGAUGGCUCACCUUCUGGACAGCAUCCAUGACAUCACUGGGGUCUUUUACAAGCAUGCCAAACGUCACGGGGGCAGCGUCACCUUGAGCCAGAGGGAGAUGAAGAGGCUGAUCAAGGAGGAGUUGGCUGAGGUCAUCAAGAACGCUUGCGAUCCUCAGACCCUUGAGCUGUCAUCCGUUAUGUCAGUCUCAGCUCCGGGAAGGAGAUGAAAGGGACCAAUGUUCCAUACGAAGAGGGGAAGACCGGAGGCAAUGUCAGCGACAAGAGACUGAGGAGGAGAACAUGAGGAGACCAUGGCUGUGUGGAUCAGGAGAAGGGGAGGGGGGGAGGGCACAGCCACGAAGAAGAGACAAUGAACCGAACAAGGAGAGUUUUCAGUCGAAAAGUCUGCAAAGAGAUUGUGAAAGGCGAAGGCCUCAAAUAUGUGAAGCAACACUGAGAGAGGCUAUUCAGAGGAAAGAGGAUUGCUAUGAGGCCCUGGAAAAAGGGUGCAAAAGCAGAAAGUCACAACAAGUGUGUUACAAUGAAUCCGUGGACUGUGAGAAGAGAAGGUCUUGGUCAUGCGAGCAAGCACUGUGGGAUGAGGUUCAGAGAAGUCUAGAACAUUAUGAACAUGAACUCCUGGAAAAUGCGAAUGAUGGGAGGUUUCAAGCUUGCAAACCAGGAGUAUGUGAGGAUGACCAGAGGAAGCAGUGCUUUUAUGAUCCUGGGACCUUCGAAGGAGAUGUUGAAUGGAGAAGGUCUGAAGCUUGCAAACCAGGACUCUGUGAGGAUGUUCAGAAAAAGCAGCAGUACUGUGAUCCUGAGGCCUUUGAAAGGGAUGCUGAGCGGAGGAGGCCUCAAACUUGCAAACCAGGCCUCCGUGAGGAUAGGCAGCACCAUCAAUGUUAUGAGAUUGGAGUCUUCGAAAGAGGCGUGGAGCAGAGAAGGACUCUGCGACGUGAACGGGUUGGCCAAGAGGAUAUUCGAGGGAGACAGCAGUGUUGUGACCCUGAACCCAAGGAGUGUGAUGGUGAGAGAAGGAGGCCUCAAGGGUGUGAGCCAGGAUUAAGCGAGUGUGUUCCGAAGAAAGAGCUGCAUUGUGAACCCGGAGUCCUGGAAGGAGAGGGUGAACGGAGAAGGCUUCGGCGAGAAGGUUAGAGGAGGAGAGAAAUUGCUUAAUAUACAGCUGAAGAUCCCUCAAUAUCCAUCCCUAGAACUGGACAUGCCCCCCUGCACCUGUGCAAUUGGAGAAUCAAUCUACUGAUAAAAUUAGGAAUCUCCAGAAAGGAACAGGCCCAUCACUAAUAGGCCCAUCACUGUUUGAGCUUUCUUGAGUGCACAGAUUAGAAUAGGUGUUUUCCCCCUUUUUUCCAUCCUGCUUCUG